GGACGGGCUGGAAGCUUCGUCGGCGCCGCGCGGCGGUAGGGCAGGGGAGCGAGCGAGGUUGAGCGCCGCCGCUUCCCCGCCGUUGCGCUAUGGACUCGCGCAAGCUGAGCGAGCUGCGGGCCUUCGUCAGGCUCUGCAAGCAGAACCCGGGCCUGCUGCACACCGAGGAGCUGGCCUUCCUCCGCGAGUGGGUGGAGAGUAUGGGAGGCACAAUACCACCUGCUCCAGCCACUGCCUCCACAGAGGAGACAAGUAAGGGCAAAGCAGAAGAACAGCCAGAGGAGCCAGUUAAAUCACCUGAACCAGAAAGUGAAGAGAGUGACUUAGAAAUUGACAAUGAGGGAGUGAUUGAACCAGACAAUGAUGACCCUCAAGAAAUGGGAGAUGAAAACGUGGAGGUAACUGAAGAGAUGAUGGAUCAAGCUAACGAGAAGAAGACUGAAGCAAUAAAUGCUCUAAGUGAAGGUGAACUUCAGAAAGCUGUUGACUUGUUCACAGAUGCUAUCAAGCUGAAUCCUUGUUUGGCCAUCUUGUACGCCAAGAGGGCAAGUGUUUUUGUGAAACUACAGAAGCCAAAUGCUGCCAUUAGAGAUUGUGACAGAGCCAUCAAGAUUAAUCCUGACUCGGCACAGACCUACAAAUGGAGGGGGAAAGCACAUAGACUUCUAGGUCACUGGGAGGAGGCCGCUCAUGAUCUUGCAUUAGCUUGUAAACUGGAUUAUGAUGAAGAGGCUAGCGCCAUGCUGAAGGAGGUGCAACCAAGAGCCCAGAAGAUUGCAGAACAUCGCCGAAAAUAUGAGCGGAAGCGUGAAGAAAAGGAAAUCAAGGAAAGAAUGGAAAGAGUGAAGAAGGCACGGGAGGAGCAUGAGAGAGCACAAAGGGAGGAAGAAGCAAGACGACAGGCAGGAGGAGCUCAGUUUGGUGGUUUCCCAGGUGGCUUCCCAGGUGGAUUUCCUGGGGCUAUGCCUGGAGGUAUGCCAGGAAUGGCAGGUAUGCCUGGUAUAAAUGAGAUUCUCAGUGAUCCAGAAGUCCUUGCAGCCAUGCAGGAUCCAGAAGUUAUGGUUGCAUUCCAAGAUGUUGCCCAGAACCCAGCAAAUAUGUCCAAGUACCAGAACAAUCCCAAGGUCAUGAAUCUCAUCAGUAAAUUGUCUGCCAAAUUUGGCAGUAAACCAUAAAAUCCCUGGUUCUUUAAAAACCAUACCUGAAUGGGGAGGAUUGGAUUUGGCUAACCAGUGUUGCAAUAAAACAAACCAUUGUACCUCUGAUCUUGAGAGAAACGGGGUGUUGCUAAGAGAACUGCUCUCUAGCCCCAAGCGUUGGCUUUAUUCAAUGAUUGAUUUAUAGCACUCAAAUUACAGUCAGAUGGCCUAGUUUCAACCAUCCCUCCUUGUCUAAUAGUUGCAACCUUUUAUUGUAUUAGACAGUUUCCUUUGAGCGCUCCUCUAAGAAAUUGUAGUAUUUCAGGAGUGUAAGAUAAAAACCUGCUGUUGUGUUGUUUUGGGUAUUUUUUUAAAUAUAAUUAUUAUUAUUAUUCUCAGUGAGCAAAGAGGAAGGAAAUUUAACAGUUGAAGUCUGUCUUAGUUCCCUUAGGACAGAAAAGUGGGCCUAGUCACAAAUAGCAACGGUGGGACAAGUCUGAAGAAUUAACUAGAUAAAAGAAUUGUCUGCAAAUACAACUCCUUUUUUUCUUUUUUUUAAAUGGGUGACUGAUUUUGUAUAGCUAUUAAAAUUACCAGUAUAACCGUGCUAGCUAGUUACACACUGGAACUUCUGGCAGUACUGCAAAUAAUGUGUUAUUUUGAUCACCACAACUGUACAAAGGUACAGUCCUAUCCUUUGCACAACCUGGCAUGAAGUACAUAUUGCAGAGGCCACAGUGGUUUUGUUACUUGCUCAGUUCUUGUCCAGCACCUUUAUGUAACAUUUUAUUUAUCAGUCUGGGUAUGGGAGAGCAGCUUACUGUCUGUGCUUGUGCUCUUGUCCUUUCCCAGUUGGCAGGUCCUCCGCUGGUUGCACUCGCCCUUCCUUAGGGCCGUGCUUACCAGGUUUCAUCUUUUUGGAAACUUUAGGGAAGGAAUCUUGUUCCCAUCACUACCUCUGUUCCACUGAAUGCAAGCCAUCCAGAACACGUAAAUGCAGAGUUACAAAUCAGUGAAGGGGAGAAUACCCAACAAAAUUGCAGCUCUGGGUUCAUAGUCUGUUUUGAGUCCUUAUGUGCUUAACUGAUUAAAAUUUCUUGGCCAAAGUCCUGCUGUCUCUGUAGCGGUGAUGACUCUUUCUUCACCACAUACUUUGUCUUCCAUCUUUUCUUGUAUCCUUUUCUUUAAAAAAAAAAAAAAAAAAAGAAAGAAAGAAAAAGAAAAAAAAAAAGCAGUUGUCGGUUUCAUACUUCCAUGUUUUUGAGAUUGGUGAUAUGGAGGAAAAGGUAACUGGAGCAGAACCGUUAUUCUAACACUUGUGGAUUAACAGCGUGGGUAUUCUUACAGCAGUGUCUGUGCUUAUGAUGUUCAGUUGAUUUGUCUACCACUAAAGACAGUUGUUGCUUCUGUUUGUCUCAGCUAAAACCUUAUCUUUCUGUGGAAAAAUUACCAUAGUUACCUGUUCACCAUCUGAGUGUCAACAUUUGUGUUACUCUUUUGUAAUUCUGUAUCUUAAGCCAUAACUGAUGUUACCAUUUUAAAAUAAAUCUGCAUUGGUAUAGGAACUGAACAGCAGUUGCAAAAAAUAAAUCCCCAAAUGCUUUUUCUCAUACUAAUGACCCUGCAGAAUGAAAUGUGAAUCUUUUUGCUUGAGAAAUAUAGUUCUGAAUACUUCUCUCAGCCUUUAAAAAUAAAGUAUGGUUUUGAAAAAUAAA